AUGUGCAGGUUCAAUGCAUUGGACAUCCGAAGGCGACUCAACGGGCGCCGGCUGGUGUUUGUGGGAGACUCGUUGUGCCGCAACCAGUUUGAGAGCGCUCUGUGCCUCCUCGGCGUUGAUCUUCCCGAUGUCUCUGCUGUUGUCGAGCGCAAGGGCAACAAUCUGACCAGGAAGGUGGAUACUAUGGUGUAUGAUUUCACGGAGUUCAACUUCACUGUCGAGUACCACCUCUCGCACUUCCUCGUGGGCUUCCACAGGGCCCCUCCUGAUGCGCCGCCCCAUAUUGGAGCAGUGGUCAACACAGACACGGUUGACCCUCUCUUUGCUCGGAGGCUCUUUGACAAUCGGCCAGAGGGGAUGAUACUCGUGCUCAAUGCAGGCCACUGGUUCACCCCAUCUAAGAUAUCGCGUCAGAAUGUUUCAUUCCUGGUGAACAACCAGACUCGCCCAGACAUCGAUGAGACCGAGGGGUUCCGCCUGGCCAUGCUGCGCGUGUCAGACUGGCUUCAGGAGUGGCCCCCACAGGCUGCCAACGCCACAGCUGUCUUCCGCACCUAUGCACCCGCCCACUUCGCGGGUGGCAGACACGGCACAAACUACGGCGCUGCUGGUGAAGGUGACGUCGACGUCCAAACCCAGGCGUUCCGCACGCAUCAAAGGUCCAGGAAGCGCAAACGGUCCGUCAAGAGACAGGCCCUGGCGGAGCAGGCGGCUGAGAAGCAGCAGCGCAUCAUCGACUGCCCAAAGGCUGGAGACAUCCGGAGUCAUCGCGCUGUUGCAAACCCUGCUUUUCAUCUGCAAAUGUGA